CGCGCAGCCUUUGUUCGGCUGCAGCCACUGCCGCAGGGCAGCGGAAGUUUGAGCGUCGCGGAGCGCGCGAGCGGAGACUCCUCCGUGGGAGCUGCCUCACAGCCGGAGUCGCCGUCAUGACCCUGGAGAAUAAAGUGAAGAAGAUGGGCUUGGGCCAUGAGGAAGGAUUUGGUGCCCCCUGCUUAAAAUGCAAGGAGAAGUGUCAAGGAUUUGAGCUUCAUUACUGGAGGAAAAUAUGCCGCAACUGCAAAUGUGGCCAGGAGGAGCAUGAUAUCCCUUCAAGCAGUGAGGAAGAUAGGAAAGUGGGUAAACUCUUUGAAGAUACAAAAUACACAACUCUCAUUGCAAAGCUGAAGAAUGAUGGCAAUCCCUUGUAUAAACGCAAUGUAAUGAUAAUGACCAGCCCAGUGCCAGCCAAGAAGAACAUAACCAUCGAUACUGUGACUUAUGAGUGGGCUCCUCCUGUUCAGAAUCAGACCCUUGCUAAGCAGUACAUGCAGAUGUUACCCAAGGAGAAGCAGCCUGUGGCUGGCUCGGAAGGCGCACAGUACAGGAAGAAGCAGUUGGCAAAGCAGCUGCCUGCUCACGAUCAGGACCCUUCAAAGUGCCACGAGCUUUCCCCCAGUGAAGUGAGGCAUAUGGAACAAUUCGUGAAGAAGUACAAAAGAGAGGCACUUGGUGUAGGAGAUGUCAAGCUCCCUGGUGAUGCCGAAGUGAGAGCUCCUGAUGUGAAUAACUUGAAAAAUGGUGGUGGCAGAGGUACCUCAUCUGCUGUUGGAGCAAUGGAGAAGUUCCCAAAUCAGAAAGCAUCUCAAUAUUCCUGCUAUCACUGCAAAAUGAACAUGAAGGAAGGUGACCCAGCUGUCUAUGCAGAACGUGCUGGAUAUGACAAAUUGUGGCAUCCAGGUUGUUUCGUCUGUUGCACCUGCGGUGAACUUCUAGUGGACAUGAUCUAUUUCUGGAAGAAUGGUAACCUGUAUUGUGGAAGACAUUAUUGUGAUAGUGAAAGACCCCGCUGUGCUGGAUGUGAUGAGCUAAUAUUCAGCAAUGAAUAUACUCUAGCAGAAGGGCAAAACUGGCAUCUGAAACACUUCUGCUGUUUUGACUGUGAUUGUGUUCUGGCUGGGAUAACCUAUAUAACAGUGAAUGACAAGCCAGUCUGCAAAUCCUGCUACAUGAAGAACCAUGCUGUGACCUGCCAAGGCUGUCACAAUGCCAUAGAUCCCGAGGUUCAGCGUGUAACCUACAACAACUACAACUGGCAUGCUAAGCGGGAAUGCUUCUUGUGCUCCUGUUGCAGCAAGUGUCUCAUUGGCCAGAAGUUCAUAUCUGUGGAAGGGAUGCUUUUCUGCUCAGUGGGAUGUAAGGAAAAGAUGAUGUCCUAAAAGAAGACAUGCACAAAACUAAUCAAGUAUUGCUGUGUUCCAAAGGCUCUUGCAUUUCUACUGUAAAAUAUAUAGUGUCAGGGCAUUUAAAAUUAUUGAAAGUAUUAAAUAGCAUUUCCCAAAGAUUUUUUUUAAAUGUCUGAAGCUUCCUAUUUAAUCCUCAUUUCUUAGCUAUAAUAAUAUUUUCUCUUUUGGAAUACUGUUUCUGUGUCUUACUUCAAAUUACUUCAUAGCACAGAAAAGUAAGAAAAAAUGUGUUACAAACUCUGUACAUUCUAAGGGAGCUCUUCACUGUGAAGAAUCUUUCUGCUGUAUCUUGUCUAAUGGAACAAGAAAAUGUGAAAAUGCUCCAAUUUAUCUUGUUUUGUAUGAUAAAUGUAACACUUCCACCUCUGGUUUCACUAAUUUAUCAUUUUUAUAGUUUUUCUGCUUUCAUCAAGCACUUUAGACAAAAUGAUCAGUUUUACUGCCAUGUGCAGAUUUGUUUUCCUGACUUCAAGUAUGCAGGGAGAAUGACACUUAAAAAUUUUGCCUUUAAUAAUUUCUUUGGUUUUGACACAUGGGUUCUUGGGGAAUAGUGACUUCUCAUGUCUAGUUUUGAAAGUAACUCCACCAGUAGAAAAAUGUUGCCUCAUGUUUCUUUUUUGCAACUGUUCAUGCCUGGAAAAGCUUUAAUUUUACAGAUACUAAAGUUAUGUUAUAGAUUGGGCAUGGGGUGUGUUGGUGUUAAAAAAUAAGAGCAGGUCUUGCUUAGAUUAAACAAAAAAUGGCCAGAAGUAGUGGGUGUCACUUUUAGCCUUUCAGAACUGGCUUCUGUUUUAUAUCAUGAAUGUUCCUUUCCUAAGCUGUGCCUUCUAUCAAGAGGAUGUGGCACAUAGUACUGUAUGCAUUUCCAAGAAUGUAUUUCUGCAAAUGGAUCCUGCUUUUGAUUUCUAAGUUCUAACCAAAGCAUGAAGAAGUCUUUCCCAGAAAACUUCCAGUAUUUGAGUGAAAAAAUUCACAGCUGUGUGUUAGCUUUGCUUACUAGAUAAACCAAAUGUGUAGCUCAUUCUUUUAUUUAAUAAUUCUAGCCCUACAGUGAAGCUUCUUAGAUAUCUCUGUGCCAAACACUGAAUGGGGAGUCUUUGGCCUAAAAAAAUAAUAAAAUAAUUAAUUUUUAAAGAAAGUCUAUGCAAGUCUUAAGUUCAGUUCUUGUCAGUUUUAUGGUGAUUGUAUUGUAACACCUAUAAAUAAAAUUAGUGGUUUUCACUUUAAAUUGUCUACUAAUUCUGUUCUUGUUUAGUCCCCUUCAGAGGAGGCGAGGAGGAAGGGAAAUGUUCCCUUACUUUAGCUUGGACAUUAUUUCCUAAAAACUGAAGACUUGUAUUAUUGUACAGUAGUUACUAUCUUGUGUAACAUUGUUAUUGUGCAGAAUAGUAGGUCUAGUUCCAACAAAUACACAACUUCAGAACUUAGUGUUAUUUUUUGUUCACAUAAACUAUUUUGGGACUUUGGAUGGGAAGUUUUGAAUUCAUACAAGUGAGGUAAUGUGUUGAGAAAAUGUGUGCAUUGUGAUCCUUUGGGUCCUGUGUAAAUAAGACCCACUGAGAUACAUUGGGAUUUUUAUAUGUUGUCUUAAGUUGUAAACUUUACAUCCAUGUUCUUGAAGCCUGUACAGCUUUUCUCAGAGAUCCUCAGGAAUUUCAAAAAGUAUAUGUAUUUUAGCUUAUAUCAAUAACCUGUAUUGUUGCCAGAUUGGCAGGUUUAAACCAAGAAUGUCUCAGUAAGAUAAGGUUUUUCCAUGUAAGUGCUACUUAACCUGCACUAGGUUAUGUACUUAAACCUGUACAGGAAAUGCUGUGAGAAUGGUGUCUGGGGGAGGGAUAAGGUCUUAUUUAAUGAAUAUCCAUAAGGUACUUAAUAGUGACUGGUUUUAUGUGUCUUGAGUACAUCUGUCCUCAGCCACUCACUAACAUCUCUUCUAAAAGAUACAGCUGACUUUUAUGAAGAACAAUGGAAAGAUCUUUGCACCUUUCUUUGCCCUUCCCUUGCCACACUAACAGCUUUGUCAUUAGUGUGAUUACUUGAACUGAUAGCAGUCAUACUUUUCACUUUAAAUCUUGUUUUGAACAGUUUUGUUUAUUAAAAUUUAUUACUGUAUAACCUUCAUUUACAAAGCUGAGCUGGAAAUACUCAGGAGUUACUUAUUCCAUCAAGACACAAUUGCUAAGGAAAUUUAUGUCAAACCAAACAAUUUCAAUAGUCCAUCAACUAGGACUAACUUUUUCCAGGCCUCUUCUGAAGCAUGUUGUCUUGCUGGUUUUAGCUGGGACUCUUCUUGAGUAUCUUCUCUUGCCUGCUUGAUCCCUCUGGCUCUCCUCCCUGGAACCUGAUGCAUCUGGGUGUUUCUUCUAUGGGGUAUCCAAAGGUUAAUUCCAGUUCAUGCAGUAGCUGGAAAGGAUCAUAUCUUAAGAACGUCAGGUGUGUAACAUACAGGUGAUACGGAGAGUAGAGAUACUGCUGUGUGAUUUCACAAUAGGUCACAGAUGAUUAGGAGUGCUGAGCUCUUCUUGUAAUGAGCUAGGAAGGAAUUUAUGUUCCUGCAGAUAAUGCUUUUUUGUGUUAGCUGAAAGAUGUGUCAACAUACUGGAGCUCAAAAACAAGAUUAGGGGAUUUCAUUCUGUCACUGUCAUAAUAAAAAUAUUGGCAGUAAAGUGUUGGGAUUUUUUCUCUUGCAUUUUUUAGCUAUUUUAUUAGAAGUCCCUUUGGGCCUAUUUAUCUUAAUAAGCUAAGAAUAGAAGCUGGAAGCUUUUGCAUACUUCAGUAAUAAAAAUAUAUACUUUCCAGAUGAAAUUUUGACCUCUUUUGAAUGUUGAAGUUCUUUGUUGAAGAUUAGAACUUUGUUGGUAUAAGGUCAUAAGCAGUCAUUUUAACAGCUCAAUCUUUUUAUUUAAGGAAGAGAUACUCUGUGGAUCUGUAAAACUGAGGCUAGCAAAAGCUUUGCAAAAACUUUGAAAGAACAAAGCUAAGGAAAUGCAUCUUUGAAUUAGUAACAUAUUUGUACAUGGU